CGUUACAUUACACCUUGGGCAACGUUACGAGGCAUCUGUAAGGCGGACAGUAUGGUGUACCACUGGCAAAGUCAAAAUGUCAAAGUGUCAGGUGUGGAUGACAUGGUGUUGCUGCCGAAGGUCAGCGAGGAAGCCAUUGUUGAAAAUCUUCGAAAACGAUAUAUGGAUGAUUAUAUAUUUACAUGUAUUGGUCCCGUGUUGGUGUCUAUUAAUCCUUUCAAGCAGAUGCCGUACUUCGGAGAGAAGGAAAUUGAAAUUUACCAGGGAGCGGCACCUUACGAGAAUCCUCCACAUAUUUAUGGACUUGCCGACGAAAUGUACAGAAAUAUGCUAAUUGACAACGAAAGUCAAUGCGUCAUCAUCAGCGGCGAAUCUGGGGCGGGAAAGACGGUGGCAGCUAAGUACAUAAUGUCGUACGUCGCAAGAGUGAGCAGCGGUGGUGAGCGGGUGCAGAGGGUGAAGGACGUAAUACUCGAGUCCAAUCCGCUUCUGGAAGCCUUCGGCAAUGCGAAAACCGUGAGGAACAACAACAGCAGCAGAUUUGGGAAAUAUGUUGAAAUGCGAUUCGACGCAGGAGGACAACCAAGUGGUGGCAAAUUAUCUAAUUUUUUACUAGAAAAGUCAAGAGUUACGUGUCACAAUUCAGGGGAGCGAAAUUUUCAUAUAUUUUACCAAUUAGCAACAGGAGCAAAUUCCCAAAUGAAGUCUGAAUUUGGUCUUAUGGAAUUAGACUAUUACAACUAUUUAAAGUACGGAGGAAAUCACAAAGUCGAUGGGACAAACGAUGCUCGAGAUUUUCAAGAUACGUUGAAAGCUUUAAGGGUUAUGGCUAUAAAAGAUACAGAAACUACCGAUAUUUUAAGGCUCGUCGCUGGAGUUUUACAUAUAGGAAAUAUACACUUUAUAGAAAAAGGAAAUUAUUCUCAAGUCGCUGAUAAAGAUUAUCUCGACUUCCCAGCCUUUCUUCUUGGUAUCUCGCCGGAACAAUUGUCACAUAAAUUGACUUCUCGCGAAUUCGAAUCUAAAUGGGGAAGUCAAUCGGAAAGUGUGGACGUGACACUGAAUGUUGAGCAAUCAUUAUUUGCCAGAGAUGCUCUCGCAAAGGAUAUUUAUGCCCGAAUUUUUGAUUUUUUAGUGAAGAGAAUUAAUGCAGCUAUGGAAACUACUCAAGAAGAAUUUGAAAUUGGAAUUUUAGAUAUCUAUGGAUUCGAAAUAUUCAACAAAAAUGGCUUUGAACAAUUUUGUAUAAAUUUUGUUAAUGAAAAACUUCAACAAAUAUUCAUUGAGUUGACGUUGAAAGCAGAACAGCAUCAUAGCCAAAAACAUCUGUUGUUCCAAGCAACUAUGAGACAGAAUUCUAAUAUCAAUCAACUGACGCACUGAAGUUCUAUCGUUGUUCUGAAAUAUAUCA